AUGUCCCGGCAGAGGUUUGAUCUUCUGUCAAAGUUCGUCACCGCGAAUCAUAUCCUCGCCAAUCACGGCAUUGUCGAUGGCUUUGGUCAUGUCUCGGUCCGCGACCCGGAUCGCCCGGAUACUUUCCUCAUGACCGGAUCAAAGCCCCCUGCCUUGGUCAAGACAGCCGGCGACAUCGACACCUUCCUCGUGGAAGACGCACAGCCUCUGGCGGGUGAGCACGGUCCGCCUCUGUCGCCCUUCUCCGAGCGCUUCAUCCACUCGGAAAUCUACCAGAUGUACCCGGCAGUCCAAAGCAUCGUUCACUCUCACUCCCCGGUAAUGGUCGCCCGUGCCAACUCGGGGCAGCCUCUCCGGCCGGUGUGGCACAUGGCCGGGUUCCUGGGGCCGGUCGUGCCCGUCUUUGACACGCGCGGGUUCUACCGCGAGGGUGAGAAGCAGCUCACCUUGGUGAAUAGUCACGAUCUCGGCCGCGCGCUGGCAUCUACGCUCGCAGACGGUUCCACCUCCGACACGGCACCACAUAGGCACGGCCUGCCGCCACACACUACGGUCUUGCAGCGCGGACAUGGGUUCGUCACAUGGGGCACGUCGAUAGAGCAGGCCGCGUACCGCGCAGUUUAUGCACAAAAGAAUGCCGAGAUACAACAGCAAGCCGAGGAGUUGGCGAGCGCGUCAAGCGGCACAGCGCGGUGCGAGUACCUCGGCGAGGCCGAAUGUCGGGACUGCGCGGCAAUGGACGACGUGUGUUGGGUCAAGUCAUGGCCGCUAUGGGUUGCUCAAGUGCGGUCCGAUCCGCUGUACGAGAAUAACGUUCAGGACGACUCGAGACGACCGUGA